AUGGCGCGCGUGGCGCCACCGAGCCUGCAGAAUGAAGGCACUUCAUGGCCGGAGGUCGUGGCUUUGCAGGCACAGGUGCGGAGCAAGGAGGCGGAGCUCUUCGAGAUGAAGCGGCGCCUCAGAGCGCUCACGCAGCAGAAUUCGCCCAGCGGGGUCAGGCCCGUGGAGAAUCAGGGGCAGCCAUUGUCGGUGAUCAUUCCGAUGGGUGGCUCCGGCUCUGAGUUUGCAGAGGCUGGCUUUAGAAUGCCAAAGCCCCUGGUUAACAUUGUGGGUAGACCGGUGCUUUUGUGGGUCUUGGACCACCUUGGCAUCACCAAGGAAGACUCUAUUUUUUUGGCCGUGCCCGCGCCCAUUCUGAAACAGUAUGACGUCCAGAAGAUGUUGGCGCGUAUGCUUCCCCAGGUCAAAGUGAAGAUCGUGGUGCUUCCAUUUGAGACCAGGGGCUGGUUGGAAACGGUCCUCUCCGUGGCGAGGCAGAUGAAUGCCAAGGAGAGCCGAAAUCGCUUGGUGACGCUGGACAGUAGUAGCAUCUAUCAUGGAGUUGACCUUUUGCACCUCUGCCGGUGCAGCGAAGCGCGGCAUGCCUCAGUGUACGUGGAUCUAGGGCAGGCACCUGUGACGGGCACAGGCCUGCAGCGAGCCAACUUUUCCUAUUUGAAGCUUGCAGAUGAUGGCAAGAUACUCGAAGUGAAAGAAAAAUCGGUCAUCUCCUCACUGGCGAACUGUGGCACCUACAUUUUCAGCAGUGCAGUGGACUUUCGAGUGGCUGCGGAGGCCCUGCUGGAAUGCCCUGAAGAGGCAGGCAAAGGUGGUCUCUAUGCCUCCAGUCUUAUGAAUUGGAUGAUGUCUCGGGGUGAGGACUUUUUUGGCAUUCCUGUCAGCUGCCAAGACGUGGCCUUGGUCUCAACACCGCCCCAGCUGGAUGAUUUUGUGCGAAGGGUCUCGAGCGGCCAAGUGCCAGUCACUCGAAAGAUGCGCUUUUGCUUCGACCUGGACAGCACUUUGGUCCACCCCAACGAAGCUGGACAAGUGGAUCCCAUUCCGGCGGCCGUCGAGCUGGUUCGUCAGCUGAGCAGGUCGGGCCACACCAUCAUCAUCACGACCAGCCGUGGCAUGGCGAUGGGAGGCGGCGCGGAUCGGGCCAUUGCAGAGCAAGGCCAUGAUACCUUUCAGUUGCUGAAGCAGCUAGACAUCCCAUAUGAUGAGUUGCACUUCGGCAAGCCAUAUGCUGACAUCACAGUAGAUGCACACGCCAUCAACUCUCAGGGGGACUUGAGCCGUGAGCUGGGCUGGUAUGUCGGGCAAAUGGAUGGCCAAAUGUUGGAAGGUGCCAUCGAUGCACGUUCCUUCAACACGGUGCGUUCCUCGGGGAAGAGCUUGGUGAUCAAGUCUUCCUCACCCGAUGUUCUAAAGGGAGAGUGUCAUUGGUAUCGAAGCAUACCGCCCGAGCUGGCGUGUCACUUUCCUCAAGCUGUAGAUAUUCAGGAAGGUGAUGCUUCCAAAGACAGCUCCCUGUCCACCAUCACCAUGUCCAAGGUGGUUGGUGUGACCUUUUCUCACCUGGUUACCGCCCGCUUGCUGAUGCCCGAGUGGCUUCGGAGACUGGUGCGCACGCUGCGGAAGAUUCACGUCCAACAGCCGCCCGAAGACUCGCAGGCGGCGCGAGAGGCCAGGGUCAGCAAUGCACAGCUUUGCUCCAACUAUGGCCCCAAGGUGAAGAAGAGGGCCUUGGACCACAUCGCGCUUUACGAUUCCCUGGCAGAAGAGUUGGGCAUCAACACACGGCAAAUGGCAGAUGUCUUGAUCCGCUUUCUGGAAGAUUUCGAAUCUUCUGAAAGGGCUGUUCAUGCGCAUUAUAUCCAUGGCGACCCUGUGUUCUCCAACGUCAUUCGGACCAACGAUGAUCAGAUCAUGAUGAUCGAUAUGCGGGGACAGCUGGGGAAGGUCAUCACCACACAAGGGGAUGUACACUAUGACCUGAGCAAGGUCUUCCAGAGUCUCUGUGGUUACGACUUCAUGCUUUUGGAUCAGACCCUGGAUGAGCCAGCUUCCGAGACCUUUGACAGCUUGAGGGCUGCCUUCUGGGAGGAGGUGAAGGAGUUGUAUCCGGAGGUCUCUCAUCGCCAGGUGCGUUUGUUGACGGCCUCGCACUUCUUCACCAUCGUCCCGCUGCAUGAGAUCCGCUCGCGCAUGGCGCGAUAUCUACGUCCCCCCCCGCCCGGAGUGGACGAGAUCGCGGCCAUCGCCAAGGCCAUCACUGAGACCGAAGGCUUUGACCUGGUGAUUUUCGACACCGCCCCGACGGGCGUGGAGCUAAAUGCUUGGAGGAUGGAAGGUCGUGUUUCAUGGCUCUUGGAAGAGCUUCAGCUGCGGCUCCACGUGCUGCAGAACCGUUUGCAGCACCACAGCCGCGGCACUCGCCGCCCGGGCCCCGGAGGCGGGGGCUGUCCGGCGCUUGGUGCGGCGCUGGAGCGCUUGGGCGAGGCCUAUGAUGCGCUCAGGGAGGCGGAAGCGCAGCCCAGGGUCUGCUCUGAUGAAGAUCGCCUCGAUGAGAUUGGGCUGAGCCCUGAUGUCAGUGGCAGUGGGCAGCCAAUGCGGAGCAAGGACCGGCUUGACCCCAAAACUGUUCUUGCUUCCCUGAACUUCCAUCAUGACAGUGGCCAUUUGACUGCUGCCGGCUUCGGAGGCCCCUGGUUGCCGCGGCGCUUGGGCGAGGCCUUAGAGGAGUUGCUCCUGCGCCUGGAGAUGUGCCGUAGAGACCGGACGCGCUACUUCGACCAGGUCUUGGAGUGUCGCGAGCUCAUCACGCUGCAAGCUUCACGGCCCCGCGGCGCUCGGCCACCCCCCGCGGCCGCCUUCCACCGCUUCCGCCUGGGUGUGGAUGGCACCGAGUUCCAGAGUAUCAUCGCACACUUUGAUUGUGACAGGAGGUUUGAAAAGAUAGUAGCCAGCAGAACCCUGGAGCACAUUGAGCUCACCAGCAGUGAUCCGGCCAUCCUCUCCUUGGACCGUGGCCGCAGUCCCGGAGCGCCCUUCAGGGAGCGUCGCGACGGCUCGGCGCCGAGCCACGACGGGGAGAGCAGUACGCCCAAGGCUCAAGAUGCGUUGUCUCAACAUCUUGAAGUCCGACGAGAGCUGGAAAGGCAGCUGACCUUCUGGGAAGCCGAGACGCUGAAGCUCUGCGAGCGUCGGCGCCGAGCGGAGGGGAUGCUGCGCUGGGCGUGGCAGGUGGCGCAGGCACGAGAAGAACUCGACCAGGCCACCUUCAGCCUGUUGGCGCUCAUGGAAGAAAAAUUGACCACGCUGGGCAUGUUGGGCUUGGGUUUAGCAAGUGGGGCUGAUGACAAACUUGACGAGGUGAUGCUUAGACUUGUUCCCCUUUGUUUGUGCUCACAUUCCCAUGGCUUGGCUGCCUGCCCGAACCGGGCUUCGCACGUGCGAAGCGGUGCGAACGCCGUCCGUGCGACUGAUGGAGACCCCACGUGCUUCGGCUGCUUUGAGAAGCAGACGAGGCGCUCAGCGGACUUGGACGAGAAGGAAUCCAGACGAGUUGGUCUCAUCCUCAUGGUGGCCUCCCACUGCUGGUGCCUGGCGGCGCCGGCCCGUGCCAAGCCGCAGGCCAUUCUGGAGCGGACCCGACGGGUUCAGGUGCCGCCCUUGGAUCCACGGGAGGCGCCCAAGUCGUCGCCCGCGCGGCAGCGGAUCUGGAGAGCGCGCAAAACUCUGCAGGCCAUUGAUAAGCUCUUCGUUGAACUCUUGGAGGAGGACCGUGGCCAGGCCUUGCGCCGUGAGUUGCUGAAGGUCAUCUCAGACUUGGGACCUAUUGAGGAGCUGGCACAAGCUCUGGUUGAAGAACCAGGCGUGGUGAACGACCCGGACGCGGUGCUCCAGAAGACGGACGUCUUAGGUCGAGCCUUGAGGCUCUCGGUGGCCUGGAGCAAUGAGGCGGAUGACUGCUGGAACUGGUCCUGCAACGUCCAGGAGUUGGAUGAGGCAAGGUCAAAUUAUCUCGAUGCCAUCGACAUCCUGCUGGAUUUGGAGGACUUUUGA